AUGUCUGAUUCAAUUGAUUCAGUAGACUUAAAAGUUCGAUUAAAUAAAUAUGGAUACAAGUAUAAAUUUAUUAAAUUAUCAGAACUGGUAGCUGACAAAAGAUAUGAAGUUACUGCUUUUGAACUUGUUAUUAUUAAUGGGUGGGAUAAAGUAUCUGUUGUAUUGGAUAAUAAAUAUAAGCUCAUUUUACCAGAUAGAUUUUUUAAAACUAUUUCUGAAAAUAUAUAUGAAAUGAAUGAUAAAAAGUGGUCUACACUUUACCUUUAUUACAGGUAUAAAAAAAUACUUGAUAAUGGAGAUUCAUAUCAUCGUAUAGAGUUUGAAGGUAAUUCUUUUGACACUACUGUAAUUAAAGUAUUAAAGAAAUUAAAUGAAGAAGAUUACAAAUAUACAAAAUAA